GUCAUUCAUUCAUCGGUGUCAGAUUUACUGAACACCUACUUUGGGAUCCAUCAGUGAACAAAAGGAGACAACGACACCUCCCCAACUCCCUGCCUGGUGGAAUAUAUGCUUUUAUCUCAGAAGAAUCUCCCUGGAAUGGAUAUUAGGUAAACUGGGACUUGGGAAACUCAGUCCAGAGCUGUCCCACUUCCAGGCUGUGUGGUCUUGGGCAUGUGGCUUAACCUCUCUGAUCUCAGCAUGGUUCAUCCCAAUGACAAGACUUGUACUGACCUUGCAAGGUAUAGUCAGUAAGAAAGGAAGAGGCUCCGAGUCUACUGCCAGGUCUGGAUCCCCGUACUCUGCCACCACAGAAGCUUGAAGUCUCCUGAUAACAGAGCAUGAGAAGAGCUGGUGUAGAUCCAUCCCCAGGUGCAGUGAGCCAGCCGAGGUGAAGAAGAAACUACGGUGUGGUAAUAAAUGACUACAGCUAACUCUCUGAGCAAAGCACCUCUUCUCCGGACAUCUGGGAGGAAAUGCCUCUUGCCAGCCGUGGGAUGGGCAGCGGCCGGAGGAAGGUCAUCUGGGCUCUGUACUUCCUGCUGCUUCUCCUCGAAGCCAGUUCUGCCAAGAAUGUUUGGAAGCGGGCACUGCACUCGAGGCUGGCCGAGAAAUCCCACGCCGAGGAAGUGGGCGCUCCCCGGCAGCCCCAUGCUGAUCGCUGCCCUCCGCCUCCUCGAUCGCUGCCCCCCGGUGCUUGCCAGGCCGUGCGCUGCCAUGCCGACUUGGAGUGCCCCCAGCACCGGCGCUGCUGCUACAACGGGUGCACCUAUGCCUGCCUGGAGGCUGUGCUGCCCCCCCCAGUUUUAGACUGGCUGGUGCAGCCGAAACCUCGAUGGCUGGGUGGCAAUGGCUGGCUCCUGGAUGGCCCCGAGGAGACACUUCAAGCAGAGGCAUGCAGCACUACAGAGGAUGGGGCGGAGCCACUCCUCUGUCCCACAGGCUAUGAGUGUCUCAUCCUGAGCCCUGGUGACGUGGCCAAGGGCAUCCCCAACCGCGGGCAGUGUGUCAGGCAGCGCCAGCAGGCAGAUGGGCGAUUCCUACAGCACAAAUUUUUCAAGGAAUAUCCGGAGGGUGACUCCAAGAACGUGGCAGAACACGGAAAAGGACCGCAGAGGUGGUCUCGGUAAAGAGAGGACCGCCAGAUCGGCAGGAGGCGUGAUGUGCCCGCGUGGGGCCACUCUGAAAGAACAUCCCUUCUUUUUCUGCUAAGCCUUGGAAACAGCCGGGUAAAAUGAUUUGACCCCCACAUGCCCAGCUCAGCAGAGCAGGACCCCAGAGGUACUUAGAGACAGGACACCUGAUUCUUAAUCCCAGCAUCGCCCCACCUGACAGGGGCUUUGUGGGAGACACUAACCGGCGCGCGGUCCCUGUUUAACAUCCUGAAAGCCCCAUUUGGCCCUGAAGCUCCACUUCUAAAUCUUACCUGGAAGAAGGCACCGCCUAUGUCAGCUGAGGAAACUCCUUUCUGCGACAGAGUUCAAUGUUUUGGUUAUUUACAGAUUUCUCUAGAUCUGACUGUGGGAGGCCUAUCCCAAAUGUCUUCAAAAUAAAUUUAUUACUCACAAAGUAGAAAUAAAACCCACUCAUGCCUGCUUCACCAUUUUAACCAGUGGAUGAUUUUCUGAUUCUUUUCUGUUACUUGCGUGGCACAGAGUAUGACCCUCACAAGACCUGAUAAAGAGAGUAUGACAUCCUCCUUUUGCAGUUGUGGAAAUUCAGCCUCAGGGAGGUUAGGAAAGCUACGAGGAAUCACCCAGCAAGAAAACAGCAGAACUGGGAUUAAAAUCCAGGGCUGCUGACGCCCAAGCCAAGGAGGACAGUGUCUGCUCUGUCUUAGGCCCAGCCGGUCACCCUCAGCAAGUUACCAAAAUCCCUAAGGCUUGGGGUUCAUAUUUCAAAAGUGUCGAUGAGAAUUCAAGGUUAUUGUGAACUUAAGAUCAUCCAGGUGGGAGUAAAUUAUGGAAUAAGAUGCAAAUAUCAGAGCAGGGAGGGGUAGUGGAAGCUCAGAGAAGAGUAAGACCUGCCUUUGCCCUCAGGGAGCCACUGGAGAGUCAGACAAGCAGAGUCAGCCUGGACGGAAGAUGGGGGGAAGCAGUUCAGGGAGGCUUCCUGGAGGUGGUGAUCUGAGCUGAUCAUGCUUACUAUCUGAACAGUCUGGGAAAUACUUGCAUGGUAAGGGAGAGCACUGCCUGUUUGGUUUUUACCCAGGGAGACUUAUUGUUGAUGUUUUGAGCCAGAUCAUUCUUUGCAUGUAUGUUUGGGACAGGGGGUGUCCUAUUGCAUGUUGGGGGUUGAGCAGCAUCCCUGGCCUCCACCCACUAGGUGCCAUGAGCACCUGCCUCCCAGUCUCCAGACCUCACCACAUGACCCCUGGACCCACAGCUACCCCCACUUGAGAAACUCUGCUUGGAGCCUAAAUAAUGAGCCUCUAAUCUGUGUGACUUCAUCUGUCAGUACGUUCCAGUGGGGCAUUUUCCCUUAGGCUCCAGUUAAUCAAUUAACUUCCCCACUUGCUCUCACUAUUCACUCACACAUUCAUCCCUCCGUCCUGUCAAGAAAGCUUUACCAGGUAUGCUUAGAUUCUUGGCAUCUCUAAAGAAUGCUUUCCUCACCUUCCAUGUUCCUGGAGUUGUGGCACAUCACAGGACCUAUGCUGGGCUGUGAGCACACGCAGUGGAGGCAUCAACUGCGCAGGUGGAAACUUCCAGGCCCCACAGAGGAGCCAGGUUCUGAGAAAGGCUGCGUCACCGCACUCUGGGGACUCAGAGGGCCCUGCCCGUGGAAAGUCCGAGAGACUGAAGACUCCAAGGGGAAGGGAUUGGGUGGAGUUGAUCCAAACUCUAGCGCCUUCUGGGUAUUUCCUUGCCCCAUCUAUUUCCUUUAUGUUUUCUUUCUGAUGUGGGCACCAGAGCGACCCACAGUCAAAGCCUAUGUCAGGUGAUUCUAGGUGGGGUUUUCAAUAAUUCUGAAGUAGAAAUGAAAGCAUCAUAUCAGCCUGGCUUUCCUUUCAGCUACAGAUGGCAUGCGUGAGCUGUAAGGUAUGCUGGCCGUCACGGUUCCA